AUGGCUGGUAUCCCUGUUCCGAGUCCACCUUUGCGGAGGCUGGAGGCUCUGGUAAUCAAGACGCAGAUGGAGUCGGCUAUGGUGGAGCUACACGCUCGAAUGGAUGGGACAGUGAAUGUGUACACCAUGGACCACCGAGGUACAGGUCGUAGUACCCUGUUGGACUGUGCUGCAGCACAGGCAACUACGACGGGGUCUCCGUGGGGCAGUGGCAUUGACACAAGUGAAGUCCCUGCAUGCGCUCAAGCUCUGGCAAAGAAAUACGGAAAUCUGUCGUCGUUCUCCAUGACAAGUGCAGCGAUGGACAUGGCCACGUUCAUUUCCGACUACUCGAAUGGAGCUGACACUAUUGUGUAUGCAGUGAGCUACGGUACUGCGUUGGUAGAGCGUCUAAUUCAUCUGGACCCACCUGAAGUGACGGGGUACGUGCUGGAUGGAGUGGCCACGAGUUCCGGAUCUUCUAAAGCGUUUGAGUACUUUUCAACGUGGGAUUCUGAUUUUGGCGACGUUGGCGACGCGUUCUUGGCGCUCUGUGAGACUCAAAGCGAGUGUAGCGAUCGAUUUGUAUCCAACUCGUUGCCUGUCACGCUUCAGAAUUUGAUCACGCAGUUCGAUAAUGACCCAACGUCCACAUGUGCUGCGCUUGUGAGUGACGUCUACAGUGACAUGAGUUUUGAGCCAGUAUCGUAUACCUUACGACGGGCUCUGGGGUCUCUGCUACAGAGCUCGAACCUGCGCACGCUUCUUCCAUCAGUCGUGUACAGACUGACCCGCUGUGCGUCCAACGAUAUUGCCGUAUUGAGGCAUUUCUUCACAACUUUGAUCAAUUAUUUGUCCUGGUCCAGCGAAGACGACGCAUUUGAUUCGAGUUUACUGUACUACCUCAUCGUCUUCUCAGAGAUGUGGGAGACGCCCGAGCCGUCUAUUGGUGAGAUGGUUUCGCGCUUUACAGACACACGUGUGUCGAAUGGAGGAACGUACGCAGAUGUUCCACUUUAUUGCGCUUUCUCCAAGGAAAAGUCUCCAGUGUGUGACCAACUCGACGUCGGGACUUACGACUCCAGUGGAAUAAUCUAUGAACGUGAUGAAUACUGGAACAAAAGCGCCACAAUUCCGGCUCAAGCAAGUGUGCUGCUAUUGAGCAGCAAACUGGACCCACAUACACCUCAUAAAUAUGCUGAGUAUUUGCUGGACGCUCUGGAUGGUAGUAAGAAAGCGUUAAUCACGUUUAAAUACGCUACGCAUGGAGCGCUAUGGACGACGCCUUUGGACGAUGAAGACGACGAAAGCGAGACGUGCGGCAUGAAGAUAUUGGUCUCGUAUGUAAGCAAUAACGGUGACCUAAACGGUCUGGACCAAUCCUGUGUCGAUGAAGUGCCAGCGCUCGGUCUCACACCUCCGCUUGUCUAUCAGUAUUUCUUCUUGAGCACAAGUGAUUCCUACGACGGAGAUUACGACGAACGAUUGGCUAAACUCGUAACCGGUUCCAGCUCGAGCUUUGCAGGGGCCGCCACCCCUCUGUCCAAGGGAAAUACCAAGUACAAAGCCGCCUUCAUUGCAUUCCUUGUGCUUUUCUUGGUGACACUGGCACUCGCUGUAUAUUUCGCGUUUCGGUGGCUCAAACUAAAGCGUGAGAAUACGAGGACGAGAGCGACGGAUGAACUUCCGGAAGAUAUUGAGAUUUCGACUCCACCAGAGAUUGAAGCGGCUUCUCCUGAAUUGACGAUGGCUUUCUGCACGCAGAGACCAAAGUAA